AGGAGGGCAGGAAGACACGAUAAGACCGUAGGAUUAUCUGACAUGAAAGCAAGACGAUUUAAUCCGUGUACUGACCCACCGAAAGGAAGGAACCAGCUGACAUGGGCGGCAGUGAUGGAGGUAGCCAUACAGACGGAGGCGGUGAGCGAGGAGGAGCUCGACUGGGACCUCAGCGGCCUCGUGGACAGAGAGACUCAAACGCUCCCUCCAAACGCGACACAUUUUCAGCUAAACCACACGGAUGCAUUUGUGCAGACGGACUACCGCUACUUCCCCCUCGCCAACUCCGAGGCAGCCCGACCCACCACCUGCAUGAGCCCCGCCAAGAAGGUGAGCGUGGGAACUCAGACGGAUACGAUGACGACUUCAGUGUCCACGCAGACGGAGGAACCUUACCUCCUGCCAGAGCCUCCUCCUCCUGUUACAAGGCCUUCUACGAGCGUGAGCGUCUUUGAGAAGCCGAAGGUCGUGCUCUCGGACGCGUGCGCAGGGCCCUCGACGUCUGGCCUGGGGUCGGCUCUGACACGCGCGCCGGUGCUCAAGGGGAACGUCUUACCCAUUCCCCCGGGGGCGCUCCCCAUUAGCCCCCCUCCCUCGCCCGAACACCCCCUCAGCCACCCCUUCGACCACGCGCCGCCGGGGAGGAUGAAGGCGGAGGACAGGUGGCGUCACCUCGCGACCUUUCACCUGAACGAACUCCUGCCGUCAAGGAAGCGGUGGCCGGUGAUGCAGCUACGCGGCCGGCGGAGGAUGGUCGACGUCAGCAUCCAGACCGACAACGACAUCCUGACCGACGAGGCCCCUCAGUUCGCCGCCCGACCUCCGCUCUCCAAGAAGGCCGAGCUGCUCGAGGGCGUCGACUUCACCGACCUCGACGUCCACGUCCUCACCGCUCCCGUCGAGGCGUUGUGUAUGAUAUUCCGAAUGGAACAGCUAUCAAAAAUACAACAUAAAUGUGAGAUGUUCAACGAGAAACAUGAUUCUAGAACCUUUGAACAAAGGAGUAUGAGCUGCCAUGCGGGUGUCCUGGUGACAUCAGACACGGAAGAUCUUGUACGUUACCUGUGUGGACAAGUGGAAGAGGAUUUACAAAGACUUAGGGUGAUUUUCCGUUGGGUCACCGAAAACAUAAGAUACGACUGGAAAUUUAUAGACAAACCCCAGACAGCGCAGGAGAUUUUAACCUCUCGGGCAGGUGUCAGUAAGGACUAUGUGAAUCUGCUGAUGGAACUGUGUCACCUGGCAGGAAUAAGAGUUAAAAAGAUUCACGGAUUUGCCAAAGGACACGAUUUCAGAAUUGGGCGUCUUUUUGACCCUGAGACGGACCCUCUGCACUUCUGGAUUGCUGUGUUCCUGUAUGGCUCCUGGCGGCUCCUGGACCCUACUUUCGGCGCUGGGUAUAUGGACGCCCAGGGGAGAUAUCACCCCCAUCUCCAAGAACAUUUUUUCCUCACUGAUCCCGAACAGCUGAUCUACACGCACUUCCCAUACGACCAGCAUGAGCAGCACUACAGCAGAUGGCAGCUGCUGGAGAGCCCCCUCAGCCUGGAGGAAUUCAACUCCCUGCCCAAGGUCAUGCCCGGCUUCUGGGAGGUCGGCCUGCGUCUGAACAAGCCCACAGACUGCCCGGUCGUUUUCCGGAUGCAGACGGAGGUCAAGAUCUCGGCCAUGGCGCUGGUCCGAUACAAAUACAAGUUCUUCCCCGCGAGCGAGACCGAGGACGCCUGCAUCAACCAGUGGGUGUUCUGCUCCCUGAAGGAGGACAACGCCGUGGGUUCCUUCAUCGUGGUGCCUCCCGAGCCCUCCGAGUACGUCCUCAAGGUGUACGCCGGCCCCGAGGAGCUGCUCGACGACGAGAACGCGGCGCUCGACCACGUCGUCACCUUCCUUCUGGUCUGCGAGAAGGCGCGACGCCACCCUGUGCCCUGGCCGCUGCACGACGUGGCUUGGGGCCCGACGCCGCGCCUCUACGAGUGCGGCCUCGACCCCCUCAACCAGAGCGGCCCCGUCAUCAUCACGUGGGGCGGCAAGAAGCUCAUCUACUUCGAUAAGGCCUUCGAGGUCCUCAUCAUGUUCCAGGUUUUCGAUGCGGAGGGACAGAUGCUCGAGGUCAAGGGUAUCAUAGGCAAGGAUGAGACGGAAGAGCAGCUCCGCUUGGCCAUCGUUCCUCCUGGUAUUGGGUUUUAUAAGUUUCUUAUGUAUGGGAUACCUCGUCCGCAGGUCCGAGGCCGCUGGAGGUUGCCACUGCUGGCCUGUUACCUCAUCGAGUGUAAGAUGAACCUCGGCCACAGCUCGGAGGGAAACGAGAAGAAGAAGUCGAAGUCACGGAGGAUGAAGAUAGCGAUCCGGAGAUAGCAAGGAGCGCGGAUUGGUUGAUUUGGGUGAGAGGGAGUGUUCGAAUGUGUGUAAGAUGACUUGUGACUUUAUUUUACACCAAGCGCAGUCGUAUCAAAAUAUGGAUCAGUGGAAUGAGGAGAAAGACAUCGCUGUGACUGAAACAAACUGAAGAGGACAAAAACAUUUAUUUCUACUAUUAUUUAGAUAAAUGGGAUAGCGGGAACUAUCUCUUGAAAGCGUGAAGGAUGAAUUUUUGGUCUUUGGUUUUCAUGAUCAUUAUGAUUAUUUAGCUGAAAUGACCCCAUGGUCGACUUAGCAAACUUCUUGAUAUAUAAGAUAUACUAGAAUUUGCUGAUGAAUCCAGACAUCUGGUAGAUAGGGAAAACUUCAAGAGCUACCUCGAAGAAAAUUGAAUUUGUGUCAGAAUCGAACACAGGAAUUCAAGCACUAUCAUCCAACGGGUUUUAAUGUGGCUUCCUCCUGCUUUCAAAUGGUCGAAAGUCGUAUCUAAAUCAGUAUUUGUGACACCCUAACCUGCCAUCGUGGACUUGAAGCGCCUUUCUCUAUCUCAGUCUUUGAUGCACUGGCGGCUUAUGGUAUUCAAUAGGUAUUAAAAUAGUCCAAUUUUCCUCCACACUCCGUGAACAGACAAAUAUAUUCAUUAACGUUUAAUGUUUAUUGCCACA